UAGGGAUAUUUAUGCCAUAAGCCCUUCAAAUUUUUAAAAAUAGCAAGUCCAAGGCAACUCCCAGAGUAGAAGAAGGUGACCUGCAAAUUCAAGUUUUGAGUAGUUGCGGGAUCGGAAGAAGGUGAUGGGGAUUAUAAGGAGCAGUUUCUCAUUGAUAGCAGGAACUGUUUGCGGUAUUUACAUAGCUCAGAACUACAACGUCCCCAACAUUAACAAGCUUAUACAGAAUGCAUUAUUCAAAGCCAAAGAUGUAGAAGAGAAAUAUCGCAAACCUCCUAAGCCUGGCGAUCGUCUUUAGAUUCACUCUCCUUAUUUCAGAAGUGUCUCAUUUGCGAGGAAAAGUAUGCCUUAAACCUUGAUGACAACAUUGAAGCACACAUUAAGCAAGGCGAAGCGCUCAACCCGUUUUGUGUCUUGCUUCAGGGAUUAAGCACGCUAUAAAGCACGCCUUUGAUAACAUUGAUACUUUAUUGUUCUUCAAUUUUAUUAUUACUCUGCUUCAGUUAUCGUAUUUUGUGUUUGUUGCUACUGUUCUCUUCUCCAUUAUGUUCAACAUGGUUGCUUCAUAACUGUAUCUUCUUUUUUUCCAUCAUGCAACUCAAUUUGAGUUAAUACACUCUUUGCUCCACAUUAGCAAAUAAGGGGAUAAUAUUUCCACUUUAGACAAGUCUAUACGGGUUGUAAGAUGCUCGCAAAUUUUAGGUCGUAGUUAGCAAAAGGGAAAAACUUGUAGGAGAGGGUAAUGAUGUAUUUUCCCAAAAAAAUUCUAAGAACUACUUGAACUGUAAACAACAGGGGAGUUUUACAUUCAUAUAGGAGAAGAUAAGGAUGUCAAAGAAGACAAUAGUAACCACUGUGCUUCGAUCCCAGACUAGUUGGGGUUGGCUAUAUCAAUCCUCAACAACCACACGAAACAGAUAAAUAAGUCAUCUUGCUGUAGUAGAAAUUUAAAAUGCAAAAUCAUUUUCCAACCUACUCCUGGCAUUGGACGUACACAGUGCUCUUUCAUUUGGGUCUCACACAAAUACUUUGAUGCUUACUUAUGAAUCAUAUAAACCUUUAUUAGCCACAUUUGAUUUGCAGCAGUGAAUCUUUGAUGGUAUUCUCCGCAUGCUACUUGUGUAAAUAUGAUUUUUGUUGAGUGUUGAGUAGAAUCUUAGGAUCAUCUCUUUGACAAAUCAGUUGCAUUCUUGGUGUAUAACUAAUUGUUCACUACCUUAGGCAGUCUUUAGUUUAUUGACGGAAAAAACACAACACAACUCUUUUGCAAAGGUUAUGGCAGUAUAAAAUUGGCUAAUCACAUUUGAUUUCUACUGAUGUUUGUUUGAUGGGACUAACUGACAAGAUGCAAAAUAAUGAACUCUUGUAAAGUUCAUGUUUUUCUCUCCGUCAUUGAUGUAAUUAAGGGUUGAGAGUUUUGCAGUAGGAACCCGUAACAUGUAUACAGUAUGCAGCAAUACCUAGUUUGUUUUGCUGAUAUUUCUGUUGUUCCACUCUCUUCUAAAGUUUUGACUUCAGAGUGUCAUGAGAUGAAAGUGCUCUCUUAUAUUGUGUUUUCAGCCACUGGCAGACUUGGUUAAAGAUCAGCUCAAUGAAACCUAGCAGAGGAUAGUAUUUUAAAUAUAAGCUUAUAUAUUUCUUUUUAUCCUAUUAGAAACAGUAUGCGCAUGCAACGUUUAUCUAUUUCCAAUCAACAAUUUGCCACCAUUAAUUGUUGAGACAGGAAUAUGACUUUGCCAAACGUUUCCUUGGAAUAUCUGCUCUAGAAAAAGUUUCCCCAGAAUGUAGUCAUCACAAAUUUUCUUCCCAAGAAAUGAUGAUUAGUUGUCCUCAUUUUUGUUUUAAUGAUUUUUCACAAGUAAAGCUGUUCUCACUACUAUUCUUGUAGUAUUCUACUUACCGCAGGAUAGCAAGCUGUAAGAAAGCCGGUCUUUUUGGCAGAGUUGUGAAAGGAGAAAUCUAAAUUCUUUAGGCAAUGACAUACUUUAGAAUAAUUGAUUCUAAAUUCUAUUGUCUAGUUAUUGGGGAGAAUCAAUGAUAGAAGUGCAUUUUUCCUGUUCUACAUGCUUUCUUACUCUAGUAUAAGGCAUUUUGGCUAUAUCUGGUGCGUCGUCUACUUCCUGCUGAGUUGGUGUUCUUUCUUUUGCUGCCAACUC